AUUGCAGAAAACAACGAUGGGGAUAACGUUGCCAGAUGGAGCAGGCUCGAUGAAGAGGAACAAGCUGCUUUGGCCGGACGAACUGGACCCCCAGAGUGCAAAUUUCAAAAGGCGAAAGCCGUCCGAAAAUGACAUCACAGAUGAGACGGAGAAACCCGGUGAAAGGUCUCUGACCGAAGACGAGUUGAUUGAAAAGAACGCCAUACCGCACGAGGUCAUCUGUAGGUUGAAGGACUUCUCGUUGUUCAGCGAUGCUCCGAAUGACUUUUUUAUACAUUUGUCAAAAGUUUUGCGUUUGGUCCAGUACAGGCCCCAAGAGUAUAUUGUCAAGCAUGGGGAGCCUGCAAAGUCAAUGUACUGGAUCUUGCGGGGCACUGUUGGGGUCACUUCGAUGGACGGGGAGUCUGUAUACGCUGAACUUGCUGCAGGCUCCUUUUUUGGUGAGAUCGGGAUUCUGUUCAACUGCCCUAGGACAGCCACAGUCGUUGCAAGAACCAAAGUUUUGCUCGGUGUCUUAACAAAAGACUCUUUGAUCAAGGUCUUGUUGGACUAUCCUCGUAUAGAGCAACUUAUACGAGAUGAAGCCCAGGAGCGUUUGCUGAUGCAAGAGAAGAAGAAGGGCUUGCCCAAAAUGGCCCUGCCUGCAAUAAGUCGGAAAGUAUCUGUGUUUCGCCACGGAAGUAGCACUCAACACGAUACACUGUCUGCAGAUGACCCAAAUGCGACCAAUAAUUUGAUCAACAUUUCCCAGGUCGCAAAUGACCAUGACCAAGUACCGGGGCCUUCUCUACCUCCAGUCUCCACGUUACUCAAUCUUGUCGAAGGCCAGAACAUCACCUCUUUGGGUUCGUCAAUCCCUCCCAUAAUAAUUAGCACCCCAGAUGCGGCAGUUACAAAAAUGAGCAAUACUUCGGAAGCAUACGAAAUACAAAAUAGACGAUCCACAUUCACUUCUAUCGAUGAUAUUGAUAACUCCUUUUCAACUCGUGAGUUUCUUUGUAGUUUAAAACCGUUUGCAUCCCUACCGAGAAAUAUCAUACAUGAAUUGGCAUUGGAUGUCGAAGUUUUAAGAUUUAGACCCAUGGAGUAUAUUUUCAAAAAAGGAGACUUAAGUAGGGACAUCUAUUUUGUUGUAUACGGUGAAGUUGAAGUUAUUGACGACGGGAAAACAUUGGCCAGGCUCACCUCGACGAUGUGUUUUGGCACAUUUUCCUUCCUAUCGGUUUUCAACGGGAAUGCCUUAAAACCGAGGUCAGCAAGUACUAGAACAAUUUCAGAUUGUGAAAUUUUAAUGAUAAGAGCCUCUUCAUUAGAUUCAGUUUGCGAGAAAUACCCUGUCAUUUUUGAGGAGUUCAAAAAGAGCGUGGACUCAACGUUACUAUCGUUUGAACAUCCUCAGACUUCAGAUGAGUCAAACAUUUUCAAGAAAUUCAGUUUUAACAACCGAAAAUCUUUUUCAGAGGAAAAAACCAAUGAUGUCGAUCCUAUUGUUGCGGGCAAUUCAAAUGUUCCAAAAAGAGAAAGCAAAAGCAAUGGAAGUCCAGCGCCAGCCUUCAAUACAUUCUCUUUCAAUGCGACAAAGCAUGGUCGUGAAACAGAAAAAACAGAUUUAUUGACAAUGCCUCCACUCAACCCUAUUGGAGGGUCGAUUCAAAACUUUUCCAAUUUUCAGAAAAGAAACUUCCAGUAUGCUCCCCUGGAUUUUAGGCGUCGGCUCUCUAGCAUCAAUAUGGGAAGACGGAGGUCUUCUGUACUCAACAUUGGACCAUUACCAGACACUAUCUUCCUUAAGGUGUUUCAAACCUUGGACCUUAAAACAUUAAUGAAAUGCUCGAGAGUUUGCAUGCGAUGGAAACAACUGAUUUAUUUGUCCAGCUCACUUUUCAGUAAGUUAGAUUUGACUCCAUAUUGUAAAGAGCUCGACGAUAACUCAAUUAUCCAAAUAGCUAAACUGGUUGGUUCAAGACCACAAUAUAUCAAUAUCUCAAAUUGUUACCAUAUCACUGACGAGGGAUUUAGUUUUAUGGUCAACGAAGUAGGUGGAAGGGGGAAUAUGAAAGGAUUGAUAAUGAAGAACAAUUGGAAUCUUUCUGCAAUGGCAAUAAUGGAUUUGAGCAUCACAUGUAAAAAUUUAACAGAAUUGGACUUGAGCAAUUGCAGGAAGGUUAAAGAUGAUGUUAUAAUGAAAAUAAUUGGGGACAAGCAAGACUAUAGUGUGGGGUGUCAUCACUUGCAAAAUUUGUCCCUCGGCUAUUGCAAGUAUUUGACAGAUAGGACAAUGAACCAUAUUAUCAAUAAUACGGAAGAUAAAUUGAUGAGUCUAGACUUAACAAGGUGCACGACAAUUACAGACAACGGAUUUUUGGAUAUGAACAAUCACAAAUUCUUCCGUCUACAGAAACUCGUCUUGAGAGAUUGUACCUUUUUGAGCGAUAGAGUGAUAGAAAGAAUCUCAAUGUCAUGCCCAGGCUUGGAGAAAUUGGACCUCAUGUUUUGUUGCAUGUUAACAGAUUAUUCGUUGAAACUGCUAGGCUACGGGUGUCCAAAGUUGAUUGAUUUGGACUUGUCGUUUUGUGGUGCCGCCGUCAGUGACUAUUCGUUGAAAGAGUUAAAGUCAUUGGUCCAUCUCAAGUACCUAUCCAUCAAGGGUUGUGUCAGAGUUACCAGAGAGGGAGUUGAUUUUGUGCUGACAGAAAUCAAGAGUUUGAAGGAGCUAAAUAUUUUACAGUGUUCCAGGGUUAACAUUUUUCGAGGCGUCCAGGUGGACCCAUUCGAUAAAUCGAGCGGAUGCAACUAUAGCUAUUUGAAGAUCAAACCGCAUGGGCGGAUAGUCAAGGUCAGGGUUUAAAAGACAAUGUUACUAUUGAUCCUUUUUGUAUUUCUGUUUUUUUAUUAUGUAGAG